AAUUCUCUAGUUUCACAUUAUCUAUCAUCACUGCCAGCAACAACCUCAACAACAACAUUAAACUCAAAUCCAACACUAUAUGUUUUUCUAAAACCCACAAACAGAACCAAAUCCAAUCAUACAGCACAACAAUCACCAUGUCCAAACAAACAUACAGUGUCUGCUUAUGCUGGCGUAGAAGAUUCAAGCUAGCUUUAUCAGAAGCACCACAAGAGAUCAAGACCCUUUUUGAUCAAUACUCAGAAAAUGAACUCAUGACACCUUCAAACCUUAAAACAUUCUUAAUUGAAGUUCAGAAACAAGAACAUGCUACUGAAGAAGAAGCACAAGCCAUCAUUGAUAGUUUCAAACAUUUUCAUCGAAGGGGCGCUGGACUUAACCUUGAAACUUUCUUCAAGUUUCUCUUCAGUGAUAGUAACCUUUCUAUUUUACCUUCAAUUGGGGUGCAUCAUGAUAUGACAUUACCCUUGUCACAUUAUUUCAUAUAUACCGGCCACAAUUCGUAUCUAACCGGAAAUCAGCUGAGCAGUGACUGCAGCGACGUUCCAAUCGUGAACGCGUUGAAGAGAGGUGUAAGAGUAAUUGAGUUGGAUAUAUGGCCUAAUGCUUCGAAGGAUAACGUCGAUGUUCUUCAUGGAAGGACAUUGACAACUCCGGUAGAGCUUAUUAGAUGUUUGAGGUCUAUUAAAGAACAUGCCUUCGUCGCAUCAGAAUAUCCGGUCGUAAUAACGCUAGAGGACCAUCUUACUCCGGAUCUUCAGGCUAAAGUGGCUGAGAUGGUUACUCAAACGUUCGGAGACAUACUAUUUGUUCCUGGCUCGGAAAGUUUGAAGGAAUUUCCUUCUCCGGAAUCACUUAAAAAGAGGAUUAUUAUAUCGACCAAACCACCUAAAGAGUACCUUGAGACGAAAGAAGUAAAGGAAAAAGAAGAUGAUUCAUUGCAGAGAAAGGCUUUGGACGAUGACGAAGCUUGGGGGAAGGAGGUCCCGAGCUUCAAAUGUGUUUCUAUAUCCGAUUACAAGGGAGGCAAUUUGGAUAAAGAAGAUAUUCACGACGAGGAAGAUCCGGACGAAUCGGACAAAUUACAUCAUCAUGUAGCUCCAGAAUAUAAAGGUUUAAUUGCAAUUCAUGCUGGGAAGUCGAAAGGAGGUAUAGAGGCAUGGCUGAAAGUAGAUCCGGAGAAAGCGAGUCGUAUAAGUUUAAGUGAGCAACAACUUGAAAAGGCUGUUAUAACUCAUGGAAAAGAAAUUGUCAGGUUUACUCAGAAGAAUAUUGUGAGGGUGUUUCCAAAAGGUACUCGCAUUGACUCGUCGAAUUAUAACCCAUUAAUUGGUUGGGUUCAUGGAGCUCAAAUGGUUGCAUUCAACAUGCAGGGAUAUGGAAGAUCACUUUGGUUGAUGCAUGGAAUGUUCAGAGCCAAUGGAGGAUGUGGUUACGUUAAAAAACCAGAUUUUCUCUUAACGACUGAUCCGGAUAACAAGGUCUUCGAUCCUAAAGCUAAGUUGCCUGUGAAGACUACUUUGAAGGUGACCGUAUACAUGGGAGAAGGAUGGUAUUACGAUUUCAAGCAUACACACUUCGAUCAAUAUUCACCUCCCGAUUUCUAUGCUAGAGUGGGGAUUGCUGGAGUCCCGAAUGAUAGUAUAAUGAAAAAAACAAGAGCAAUAGAGGACAAUUGGUUGCCUACAUGGAACGAGGUAUUCGAGUUCCCGCUUAGCGUUCCGGAACUAGCCCUACUUCGUAUAGAAGUUCACGAGUACGACAUGUCUGAGAAAGACGACUUUGGCGGCCAGACAUGUCUACCUGUUUCGGAGUUAAGAAGCGGCAUUCGGGCAGUUUCACUUCAUAGUCAGAAGGGAGAUAAAUACAACUCUGUAAAGCUUCUUAUGCGCUUUGAAUUUCAUUGAUUAUGUUCUCAUCAUUCUACUUUUCAUUAUUUUCAUACUAUUCUGGUCAUUAUUAUAAGUAAAAAUUCUCUUUUCAUAUUCAUUAAAUAACAUAUAUAUAUCUGGUCUAUUUAUAGGCCAUAUACAUUAGUUAUGUAAUGAAUGUGAACGAAAUCUUUGUUUAUAACAGUGACAGGAUGGUGUACUAUUUUGUACAUUCAUUAAGAUAUGUUGGUUAGUAGAAAGAUGGUAUCAUGAAUAAUAGUUGAAGAAACAAAUUGUGUUGUGUGUUUUGUUUACUUUGAGGAGGUGUUUAUGUUGUAAGGCUUAAUGGAAAUGUGUUUUGAGGACAAUAACUAAAAAGCACGGUGAUGUUGUGUAA